CAUCCCUCACAACAAUCCCAGCCCCCUCGUGCACAAUUACGCUCCCGCGCAUCCACACGCUCUCGCUCCCAGCACGUCGGCGCGGGUCUCUCCCUCCUCGGUCAAUGGCUGUGGGUGUCUCUGGCGACUGCCCGCCUUGCCCCGACGGUUGAUAAGCUGCCCGGCCUCACUGGGCAUGCCCGCCCCGGUUCUAUAUAAAACCCGUCUGAGUUAAUCCCUGGACAUUCCCCGGCUCCUUCCACCCCGCCCUCUCGGAUUGUACCGGAUCGCGCUGCUUGUCCUCGGCAUCAUUCAGAGGUUUUCUAGAGCUGUUGCUGCUGCGUCGCAACAAGCGUCUCCACCCUGAAUGAUGCUGUCUCUGGACCAGAUCCACACAGAGCCACCCCCAACACCCAAGGAACUGGACUGGGCAGAACAGGGGUUUCUGCCACCCCUGAGCCCUCUGCGCUGUGCCUGGCGCCGGGAUGUGGCCCUGGACUGCAAGAUCUGCCCUGAGGAUGCCCAGGCACGGGCCUGGACUGCCUACUACUAUGACCUGCUGCAGUGCACCUUGCAGCAGGAGGGACUACCAGAGACUGUUGACCUCACCAAGGAGCCCCGAACAGGGUUUGGGCCAUCAGACAUAACCAUCUGUGUCUUGGGCUCCCCCACUUCAUACCUGUCUGUGCUUCUGGAAGGUGGCAACCAGUGUCCUGGGAACAUGCUGCUGUGCUUGUCACCAGCCUGGCUCUCCAAAGCACCAUCGGAGUUGCACCCGGGAGAGUCAUCUUUGCUGGUCUUCAAGGCUGUGACCUUUGAACUCGGUGGCCGUACAACGCUGGAAGAAUUUUCACCCCCACGUCGUGUCAGCUACUUCACAGGCUGCUUUGGGCCGUGCAAGGUACAGGGCCAAUCAGCAGCGGAACUAGCCCGAGACCUUGACUGCCCAACAGGGGGCUCAGGAGAGUUGGCACGCCUAUUGGAAGACAAGCUGCUGACACGUCAGCUCAUGGACCAGCAGGCAGGGGUAGCGGUGCCCCCCACCCUGGCCUUCACCUUCAAGCGCCCAUUGCCCCUGCGUAGUGUGACAGAGGAGCAGCGUGUCCGCAUGGUAGAGCUGAGUGGCCGUGAGGGGCAAGAUAACCUGCUGCAGGAAGAAAUUGCGGCCUUCUUACAAGGUGGUGCCAUGGAGUCCUACAGUCAGGUAGUGGUGAAACCUUCAGGUUGGCGCUGGAGUGGAGCCCAAGCUGUGUCGUUCCAUGCUAAGUCAGAACAGGGUUGUGUCCUACAAGCUGUUCUUACACUGUUGGAGACCCUGGAGGAGGAAGAGAGUAUCCUGCUGGAGGCCUUUGUUCCCACUGCUCGGAUGGUCCAGCCUGGACCUCCUGAGACAAACAGUUCCCCAUGCAACACAUCUCCGCGGUCCAAUCUGGCAGUCCGAAUAUGUGCUGUUGUCUGCAGAUCUCGAAAGGACCAUCCUCUACUGAGCAAGGUAGUGUGUGGUGUGGGCCGGUCAGAUAAGCCCUUGAAGCAUCAGGCCACAGUGCCCCAGACGCUGGAGAGCAGCCUGCAGCAAUGGGGGCUGAAGGACGAGGCCCAGACUGCAGCCAUCCAUGCGCAGAUAAAAGAGAAGGCUGAGGCAGCCAUGAAAGCCUUCAUGGAGAUGGAGGCCGAUCUGUCAACUGAGCAAAGAGGUGGUCGCCGCGCACAAACUGAUAUGAUUGGUGUGGAUUUCCUCCUGAGCUCUGAGGAUCAGGUGCUGCAGCUGGUAGCCCUGGAGAUGAACUCGCAGCUGUGCCUGGAAACCUGCUCAGUCUUUGAGUCCAUGGGCCGGGUGGUGGGGGCACCAGCGGGCGAGGCGGCACGCCCCCUGGUGGAGACGAUGCUGCGUCGUGCGCAGUGCCACCUGAUGGAGGGCAAACACGUGUUGGUGAUUGGGGCCGGCGGAGUCAGCAAAAAGUUCGUCUGGGAGGCAGCCAGGGACUACGGGCUAAAAAUCCACCUGGUGGACUCCGAUCCCAACCACUUUGCCUCCCAGCUGGUGCAGACCUUCAUCCACUAUGACACCACGGACCACAAGAGGGACGAGGAGCAUGCCCAGCGGCUGCUGGCACUUGUGCAGGAGCGGGGCCUGCACCUGGACGGCUGCCUGUCCUACUGGGAUGACUGCAUGGUCCUAACGGCACUAGUGUGCGAGGGGCUGGGCCUGCGCUGCAGCUCCCCCACCGCCAUGCGCGUGGCUAAGCAGAAGAGCCGCACGCACCUGCACCUGCUGCGGCGGCGCAAGGAGGGGGCUCGCUGGCCCUCCGCGGCCCUCUAUGCCGUGCCCUGCUGUCACCUGGAGAGCCAUGCUGAUGUGGAGCGAGCCGCAAGCCACCUCAGCUUUCCUGGGGUCAUGAAGCUAGAGUAUGGGGCAGGGGCUGUGGGAGUCAAGCUGGUGGAAGAUGCGCAGCAGUGUCACCUACACUUUGACAAGAUCUCCAGGGACCUGCAGGAGGACUCUGACCACCCAGGCAUAGGGUUAGGCUGGGGCAAUGCCAUGCUCUUGAUGGAGUAUGUCUCUGGCACUGAGCACGACGUGGAUCUGGUGGUGUACGAAGGGCGUAUGCUGGGGGCAUUUGUGUCUGACAACGGGCCCACCCGGGUGCCCAACUUCACCGAGACGGCAGCCUGCAUGCCCACUUGUCUGCCCCAUGACCGUGAGGCGCAACUCAUCCGUGCGGCCUACCAGUGCUGCUUAGGCUGCGGCCUAACCGACGGCGUCUUCAAUGUGGAGCUCAAGCUGACAGCAGCCGGCCCCAAGCUCAUCGAAAUCAACCCCCGCAUGGGCGGCUUCUACCUGCGCGAUUGGAUUCAGGAGAUCUACGGCGCAGACAUCAUGCUGGCCUCGGUCAUGGUUGCCUGUGGGGUGGCCCCGUUGCUGCCUGCCCGUUCUCGCCCCCGCACUCACCUGGUGGGAGUGAUGUGCCUGGUGUCGCAGCACCUGCAGGCCCUCAAGUCCACAGCCAGCCUGGAGACGCUCCAGGCCCUGCAUGAGCGUGGGGUCAUCCGCCUCAACCUGCUUGAUGACGAGCUAGUGUCCAGCGAGUACGAGGAGCCCUAUUGCAAUGUGGCCUGUGCCAGUUCUAGCCGCCGUGAGGCCUGCCUCAAGCUGCUAGGCAUCUGCCAGGUCCUGGGCAUCGACUCCCCACACUACCCCGUCACCCACUUCCUCUCUCACUUCAAAUAGCCUUGGAGAUCUGGCCCCCUCCGUCUGGAGCUGAGUUUGGGCCAGCUCUGGAGAGGGAGCCUUGCUUAUCCCUCCUAAAUUAUCCUUCCCUUACUCCCAACUCACCUCUGGGGUUUGCACUACACAAACACCCUAUUUCCUACAGUCUUUCUCAAGUGGCUGCUGUGUCCCUCAGGAAGGAGUGUGGCACCAUCUGAUGCCAUCUCUGGUAAGUGCCACGCCCACAUCACCCACAUCCUUGUCUGGGCUCACCUCUUCCUUUGCAGGAGAGGGAGUCUAUUAACUGCAGAGCUUCACCUCUUUCUUCUGCGCUGUCUGUGGAGUAAUCUCUUUUUCUUUGACUUGCAGUUCUAAUUAAUCCCCCUUCCAUCUUGGUUCCUGAAUUAUUCCUCACCACCACCAUAAAAAAGAGGCAUAUUCCUGCCUCUUCACCGUCUCUUUCUUCCACUGGGGAAAAGGCUGUUGGUUUCUGGCCAGGCAGUCCCUGGAGAGAACCUACCUCAUGCUUCCAGAACCAGUGGAGGAGAGGGCCUGGGUCAGAUCUUUUGCAGCCUCUAGUAGCCAGUGCUUCACCAGUGAUCCUACAAUAACAACGUAGUCGCUGCCAACUCUGAGCACUAGUUCUUCCCGUACUGAACCCCUGUAUGCAAACUCCAUGCUCCUUGGUAAGAAUCCAGUUAACAGGCAAGCUCCCCAGCCGACUCCUCAGCAAACCUAAAGUAGCAAAAGGACCACAUGCAAGCCUACAGUAACCGUUGUUUACAGAGCAGUAGAAUAUAAGACAAUUAACAAGCUAGUUCUGCUUGCUCAGUACUUGCAAACUCUCCAGUGACAUCCUAGUGGCGCGUGAUCCUUUUAGGAGCUAAUGAGCACACCCAACUCUCUGCUCAUAGAUCAAUAGAGUAACCGUGGUGAUCCCUGGCGUGCAUGCCUAGUGCCAGGUGAAACCACCCCAUGGAUUCUCAGUGCUCAUCAGAGAACAUGCUGUAACCAUCUCCCCACCCUGCAAUGCCCCAAGAGACCCUAUCGUAGUACAUCACUGUGACAUCACCUCCAAGCACCCUACAACCAAAUUGAUGCGCCAGUUCUCACUGACAGAUCGCAGCACCAGCACUCCUGACUCACCUUAAAAGAAUAAGCCUUCCAACGGAACCCCAAUGCCCCUUAAGACCCUACACUAAGAAACCAUAGUGCCAGCAUUCCUGAGUGUGUCUGCAAUAACAAGCCACAACCUUGCCACCACUCCAAAUUACGAUAAAGCAGCAAAGUUCUGCGCAUAGUCCUAGCACCCCAAAAUAUGUAAUGUUGCCUUUAGUACCAGCAUCCUUUAAAAAUGCUUAUAACCAGCAUAAAGAGAAAAGCAAAAUGAGAGUUCCAACCAGCAUGGUGGAAUAAGUCUCUGUCUUUUUAAUAGCUCGCUCAUGGGCUUCCUGCUGCUUCCGUGACAAAGGGAAGAGAAGAUGCAGGAUGGGCCAGCUGAAAGGCCUGGGAGGACAUUCCAGAGCCUGUGAGGCUUAAAAUGACAGACCUCUUGAUCCCAUUUGGGGAGAGGGGAGGCAGGAAUUGGGAACUCUUUGGCACCCAUGAUUGGGUGACUAAUAGCAGGGCCAUUAGUUAAGUGUGCCCCUCCUAGCAUGGGCUGGUGACCCUGCCUUCCUUCCUGCCUAUCCUUCCACCACUUCUGUAAUGAGGCAGGCAUAGUAGUCCCUCUCCCAAUAAAAUGCCGUGCAAAAAUA